GCUCCUCGAUUGCCAGGCAGGACACUAAUUGGAGCAGGCAGCUGGAUAGCUUUUGAAGAAAGAAGCCAUGAUCUGGACCAUCACAUUCAUAUUAUCAGCACUGCUGGCUGUCUUUGUAUUCUUCACUGGCACCACACGACGGAAAAAUGAGCCUCCCUUGGACAAAGGUUAUAUACCUUGGCUGGGACAUGCCAUACAUUUGGGAAAAGAUGCAGCUAACUUUCUGGCUCAAAUGAAGAAGAAACAUGGUGACAUUUUUACAGUACAUGUUGCAGGACGCAAUGUCACCGUGCUGCUGGAUCCACAUUCCUAUGAUGCAGUUGUUAUGGAGUCCUCCUCAAAGCUUGAUUUCAACAAAUACGCUCAUCUGCUUAUGAAAAGGAUAUUUGACCUUCAACUACCAGACCACGAUUCAGUGGAGGAAAAAGCUACCAUGAAAAUGCAUUUACAGGGUGAACAUUUGGAGUUGCUAAAUAUAAGGAUGCAGUCUAAUCUUUGCUCUCAUCUGCUUUCUGUUUUGAAUGGGCACAAUCAUAUGUGGAAAGAAGACGGACUUCUUCAUUUCUGUUACAGCACAAUGUUUUGUUGUGGCUAUCUAACACUCUUUGGGAAUGAAGCCUAUCCUGAGACGUCCUCCUUUGCCAGUCAGAGUUCUGACGUGUAUAAAGAGUUCAGGAAGUUUGACGAGCUGCUGAUGAAAAUAGUUCGUGCCAGCCUGACAUCUGGUGAAAAGAAAGAAGUCAGAGGUAUAAAAGAAAGGCUGUUUGAUCUGUUGUCCUCUUCAAGACUUGGUGCUAAAUUGAAUCAAAGUUCAUGGCUGAAGAAUUACAGACUUCACCUAGUGAAGCAGGGAGUGAAUGAAGAAAUGCUAAGACGAGCCAUGCUUCUGCAACUCUGGGCCACUCAGGGUAACACUGGUCCUGCAGCCUUUUGGUUAAUGGUGAUGUUACUGAAGCAUCCUGAUGCCUUGAUAGCACUCAAGGAUGAACUGAACACAUUUUUGAAGCCUAAGAAUGACAGACAAGAUCCAAAUGCAUUUUUGCUCUCUGUUUCUGAAGUAAUCCGUGGUUGCACCCCCAUUUUGGACAGCACCUUGAAUGAGACUCUCCGUAUGACAGCAGCUCCCUUUAUAACCAGGGAAAUUCUUCAGAAUAUGACACUGACUAUGGCUGAUGGUCAGCAGUACAAUUUGAGGAAGGGAGAACGAAUAUGUCUCUUUCCCUAUCUGAGCCCACAAAUGGAUCCUGAGGUCCACUAUGAACCUGAGAAAUUCAAGUAUAACCGAUUUUUAAACCAAGACGGCUCCCCUAAAACAGAUUUCUUUAAAGGGGAUAAAAAGCUUAAGUACUCCAACAUGCCAUGGGGAGCAGGGAGAAAUAUCUGUGUGGGACGACAAUUUGCAAUCAACAGCAUUAAACAGUUUAUCUUUAUCAUGCUUAUGGCCUUCGAUGUGGAGUUGUGUGAUUCCGAAGCUUCUCUUCCAGAGGUAGAUGUGAGCCGAUAUGGAUUUGGAAUGUUACAGCCCAAAAAGGACAUAAAAAUUCGCUACAGGCUAAAGAUGAGAAAUUUUACCUGAAGAGCGCCACUUUGUGUUACUAAUUACAAUGUAAUUGUAUAUUUGCUGUGUCAGACCUACACUUCCCUGGUGUUGAUGUGUUGGUGCACACCCUAUUAAGGACUUGUCCGAUCUAUUUAUUUUUUGUUGAGCUCAGAACCAUACAACUCUGAGUUGUAAUGAAUGAGUCUGACAAUGCUUGAACAAAUGCUCUGUUUUAUAUAAUAAUACAGGCUUCUCCCAAGUUACAAAUGAGUUCUGUUCCUGCCAACAUUCAUAAAAUAAGAGGAAUUUACAAUGGAAAUGUGCAUUUAAGAAAUUAUCGACACAAAUGCACAAGACUUUAAUUAUUUAACAGAAACAUGUAUAAAGUGUAUUAAUAAAAUGACAGUGAUACAAUAUUACUAUAAUUUAAAUUAAAAAACACAAAAAAUGUAAAAUAAAAUGAACUACGGCUAAAGAUAGCAUUGUAACGAACACAGCAAAUGACAGUUAAGCCCAAGAACGGGCAUAUUAAUUUAUCACUGAAAGAUUGUACACCAUACUCUGAGAAGUAGCACCUUCCUGCUGUUAUGGCCACAAGAAACAUCUCUUAAAAAAAAUAAACAUCCAAUGGAUUAUAAUGCAAACCAAAGGGACAAGACGCCAGUGCCUACAAGGACACUUUUUUUUGCAUGGUUGUAUAAAAAGAAGGUGCAUUAUUAAGUCAAUAUUCACAUUCGUUGUAAAGUUAAAAGAAAGAAGACCUUCAACAGCCCACAAAAAUUGUAUUACACGUUACUAGUUACCAACUGAACUGUUACUCAGCACACCAUUUUCUAAUAACAGUGCUCUGACCAAAGCUCUAAAAGGUUCAUUUGCUUUUAUUAUUUUAUUAAAUAGCAACUAUACUUUAAUGAAAGACCACACAAAAUAUUUAUUGAUUUUAUUGCACAUGUCAAAGUGUUAUGUGGAUAUAUUUUAAGGCCUGGGCACAGAUGUAACUCUAUGAGAUCUUUUAUGUCCACUUAUGCGCAACUACACCUUAAACCAGGGGUCCUAAAGUCUGGUCCUGGUGGGCUGAAUUAGCGUUAGGUUCUUGUUGCUUAAUUAGAAGCAAAUCCUUAAGGUUAACAAAACUUCUAAUUAAAUGUAUUGUUGUUUAGUAUUUUCAUUCUGCCGUCGUUCUUGUAUUAUAUAUUUUUCCUAAAUGCCAUGCACAGGUUAGUAAUUCUUAGUAAGUCUAUUACUUUUUAUACUUCAACUACCAGAUAUUUUAUUGAAAACAGAUACUUCAUGAUAUAACAGUUGUAAAUAGGACCAAGUUAGAAGAUGAACUGUUGGUUUUUAUUUCUUUUGCAUGUCAUUGUUAAUCGGAAACUGUUUCAGAAAACAAGAAGCAAUUUAAAAACUGUGAAUGGAGCUGUUUAAGAAUAAAAACAGCAAUUAAGGUUUUGGAAACCUAAAAACCAAGUCAAGCCAAUGUAGCAAAUAAAUGCUGCUUGAGCUGUAACUGGUUCAGCAGCAAUAUUGGCUUCUAAUCAGGAAACGAUU